AAUGGACUUUACUUGGUUUUAUCUUGUUAAAAUUUUCCACUUUAUUUUAGCGGUCAAAUAUUUCUUUUUGCGAAACCCAGCCUCCUCUCUCCUCUCUCACAGAGUCGCUUGACUCAGUUAGUUAGCCGCACCCGCACAUCAUUAAAAAAAAAACCCUUUUCGUUUCCCCCAUUUUCUCCACACCAUGUCUCCGUCCACAACCUUCCACCACCCUUGCGCCACCGUUUACUCAUAGGCCAACGCCGUUCCACAUGCACUUUACCAUUUCUCUCUUUCUAACUUCUUCUUCCUCAACAUUUUGUUUUAUCUCUUAAAAUGAAACAACAAACGAAUGGGUCUAGGGUUCAUAAGCCAAAUCAUACUCGAGUUGAAGGACCUACCUGGCUUAUUAUUGCUGCUGGUGCUUUCUUGAGUACAUUGUCUAUUCGCCUCGGUUACAAAUUGAAGCAGGCAAUUGACGCUAAAUCCACCACCCAGAAUGCAACUACUAUCCUCAAAGGUAAUGGAAAAUCCUCCAACACAAGGAAACCUCCAGAUUGCUUUAUACAGCCCAAUGGAUAUUCCCAAAUGCAACAUAAUCAUGCCCGCUUCACUUGCAAUCCAGGAACUGGAACUGGAGGUUCUAUGGAACUAAAGUGCCCACAAAAUGAACAGAUGUUGAGUGAAUUCAAUGGGGCCCUACCUUUGGUGACUGUCCCUCCUGCUGAGUUUAGCAAGGAAAAUGGUGUUGUCUGGGCUUGCUCCCCUGAUCGUCUUGAAUUGCCUUCAAAGCCAUUCCAUCUUUCAAACUGCUCAGAUUCACCAUGUGUAUCAGAAUCUGGUUCGGACAUUUUCAGCAAGCGGGAAGUUAUACAGAAACUGCGGCAACAGUUGAAGAGAAGAGACGAUAUGAUAUUAGAGAUGCAAGAUCAAAUGGCUGAAUUGCAAAAUUCACUCAAUGCUCAGCUGGGGCUUUCUUCUCAUUUACAAUUGCAGGUUGAAGCUGCAAACAGGGACCUAUUUGACUCGGAGAGAGAGAUCCAACAGCUAAGGAAAGCAAUUGCAGAUCACUGUGUUGGAUAUGUUCCUCAUGACAAAUCUCCCACAGGCACAACGUGGUCUGCUGAGACUAGAAAUGGGCAUCUCGAUGGGGAUAUUCAUUUGGACCUCUCUGAAAAAACAAGGGAUGAGGAGGAGCGAAUUGAGAUGCUGAAAAGGCAAGUGGGAGAAUUGAAAGAGGCGAUAGAAGGAAAGGAAUACUUGCUCCAGAGCUACAAGGAGCAAAAGGCCGAACUCUCUAUGAAGGUCAAAGAAUUGCAGCAGAGAUUGAAUUGUCAGCUGCCUAAUAUUUUGUAGAGCAUGUGAAUACUUUUCAUUUAAAGCGUCUUCCCUCAUUCUUUAUUUUCUCACUGUAAUUAGCUCAACUUUGAUUGUUUGAUAUAAUUCAAAGUUUGUGCAGUGUGGCGAACCUGAGGGCUGGGUAUUCAAAUGCAUGCUCCUUGAAAUUUUAA